AUGGCAGGCAAGAAGGUCGUUGUGGUUGGACAUGGCCCCAUUGGUCAUGCCUUCAUUGAGAAACUGGCUGAGAGGGAGGCCGGGUUUGAAAUCACGGUGGUUUGCGAGGAGCCUCGUCCAGCAUACAAUCGCGUCAUGCUGACACAGUAUUUCUUGGACUGCGACGGCGACAAGCAUGACCAGAUGAAGUUGUCUUACUGGAGCGAAGAGGAGUUGAAGAGCAAGAAUGUCAAGCUCGUCUAUGGUCGCGCGACCAGUAUUGACCGUGACAACAAGUCAGUUGCCUACUCAAAAGUCAGCCACGGCGGAAGCUCUGUUGAUGCAGAUACCGACUCAUUGAAAUAUGACAUCCUGGUGCUUUGCACUGGCAGCUUCUGCUUCGUUCCACCAACUCCCGGCUUCGUCUUGCCAGAAAAGAAGAACCCUCAGUGGCCAGAUGACCCAGCUUCUCGCCCGGAAGGCGUCUUCGUGUACAGGACGAUCGAAGAUCUUGAAGCACUCAUCGCUGCAGCAAAGAAAUCCAAGCGAGCAGCCGUGAUUGGGGGCGGUCUCUUGGGCCUCGAGGCUGCAAAGGCGGUGUAUGAUCUCGAGAUGGAAAGCCACGUCGUGGAGAUGGCCCCGUACCUCAUGCCGACGCAGCUCAACGAGGAAGCUGGCAAAGCCUUGGAGAGGAAGAUAAGCAGCCUAGGCAUCCAUGUGCACAGUGGAGCCAAGAUCAACGAGGCUGUCCUGGAUGGUGGCAAGGAUGGCAAGAAGCUGGUUGGAGGUGUCCUCGUUGGAGACGCAAAGGAUUACCCAAAGCUGCUGCAGAUCUGCAAGAAGGGCGACUUGGGCGGUGCUGAGCCUGAAAGCCUGGCUUUCCGCCGACCUCCCCCCGGCCAAGGAGCAGUGGCCAACGAUGGUGGAGACGGCACUGGCAUUGCUGAGGACGAUGUCAUCUGCACUUGUUUGAAUGUCACCAAGGGCGAGGUGGUGAACGCGAUCAAGGACAAGGAUUGCUUGACAGUUCCUCAGAUCAAGAAGUGCACAAAGGCUGGCACAGGCUGUGGAGGCUGCUGCACUCCAGUGGGCGAGGUGCCAAAGGUUCUAUCAGCGACGCUGAAGGCCCUGGGAAAGGAGGUCAAGGCUGGCAUCAGCGAGUGCUUUCCAUACACACGCCAGGAGCUUUUCAACAUCUUCCGCGUCAAGGAGAUCAAGACCUUCCAAGAUGCCAUUGAGAAGGUUGCCGUGGGCGGCAACGGAAGUGAGCUGGACAAGCCAGUGAUCGCUUCCAUCUUGGCCAACCUCUGGAACGACAGCGUGCUAAAGAGCGGUCGCGAUCAAAUUCAGGAUACCAACGAUCGAUUCCUGGCCAACAUUCAGAAAACCGGCACCUAUUCGGUGAUCCCCCGCUGCGCCGGUGGUGACAUCACGCCCGAUGAGCUCAUAGCCAUUGGCACCGUCGCCAAGAAGUAUGGGCUUUGGACGAAGGUCACGGGUGCGCAGCGCCUCGGCAUGUACGGUGCCCCCGUUCACGAGCUUCCCUCCAUCUUCAAGGAACUGGUCGAUGCUGGCUUGGAGUCCGGCCACGCCUAUGGUAAGGCCCUGCGCACGGUGAAGAGCUGCGUGGGGAGCACAUGGUGCCGGUAUGGGCAGCAGGACUCAGUCAGCAUGGCUUGCACCCUGGAGAACCGCUACAAGGGCCUGCGUGCACCGCACAAGAUCAAGAUGGCUGUGUCUGGUUGCCUGAGAGAAUGUGCUGAGGCACAGGGCAAGGAUGUGGGCUGCAUCGCCACGAACUCUGGCUACAACCUCUACCUCUGCGGCAAUGGCGGAGCCAAGCCUCGCCAUGCGCAGCUCUUCGCUUCCUCCAUCGAUGAGGAGACAUGCCUGAAGUACAUCGACCGCUUCCUCAUGUUCUACUGCAGCACAGCAAAGCAUCUGCAGCGCACAGCACCAUGGCUCGAAGAGCUUCCUGGUGGAAUCGAGUACUUGAGGAAGGUCAUCAUUGAUGACUGCCUGGGCAUCUGCGAAGACCUGGAGGGGCUGAUGCGGCGCAAUGUGGAGGCAUACAAGUGCGAGUGGAAGGAGGUUGUCUACGACGAGGAGCUGCAGAAGAAGUUCCAACAGUUUGUGAACACCAAGGAGACCCAAGACACGGAGCAGCUGGAGUACGUCAACAUGCGCAAGCAGCGCCAUCCAGCCACCUACGACUUGCCAGACAUCAAGGGUGCAGCUGCUUUUUCCAAGGAGAAGGCGGAGGAAAGCUGGCAGUGGUACCCUGUCGGGAAGGUUCAAGACUUCCCGCAGGCUGGAGGUCUUGCAAUGAAACACGGUGACGCUGAGGUGGCGGUCUUCAAUUUGUCGCACCGUCAGGAUGAGUCGGACAAGUGGUUCGCCACCCAGAACCUGUGCCCUUUCAAGCAAGUGCGAGUGAUCUCUCGCGGCUUGGUGGGUGAACCAGCCAGUGGCGCAAUCACAGUGGCUGAUCCAGUGUACAAGACAGUCUAUGACUUGAGAACGGGAUGUGGCAUCACCAGUCCAGACCUGAACCUCUCCACUUUCCGGACACGUGUGACAGAUGGCACGGUGGAAGUGAAGCUGCCAGCACCGGAGGAGUAUGCUAAGGCCCUCCAGACUGCAUCUCGCAAGGCGGUCGAGGAGUCCGGCACGAAGGCUGCUAAGGUCAUGGGCAAAUCCAAGCCGUUCGAUGCCAAUGGCAAGCAUGUCGGCCUUGACUGGUGA